GAAUUGCAUACGUGGCGCUGUGGUAGCAACAUGCCGCUGUGAGGUGGUGACUGAUUGAAAAGGAGAGAAAGCAUAUGUCAUUUUUAUGAUUGUAUAAUUAACAUCCGUUAGAAAAAAUGAAGUGGCUCAUUUUCUGCAUGUUCCUCGUCAUAUUUAUCGUCAACGCGCGUUGUUACUUUAUCACUGUGGACGCGCAUGCAGAGGAAUGUUUUUUUGAUAAGGUCGAUUUCGGCACCAAGAUGGGUCUUACGUUUGAAAUAGCAGAAGGUGGAUUCUUAGAUAUAGAUGUAAAGAUAGUUGGUCCCGAUGGUAGAAUAAUUUAUCAAGGUGAGCGAGAGAGCAGUGGAAAAUAUACAUUUGCUGCGCAUACCACAGGUGUUUAUACCUACUGCUUUAGUAAUCAAAAAAGUACAAUGACACCGAAAGUAGUGAUGUUCAAUAUGGAUAUUGAUGAAAAUCGAAAACAGAAUGAUGAAAAUGCUGUCGGGGAAGCUCAAGAAGGAGAUAGUAAUCAUGGAAAAUUAGAUGACAUGAUUAAAGAUUUGAGCACCAGUUUAUGGGGUGUAAAGAAUGAACAGGAAUAUAUGCAGGUUCGCGAUCGCAAUCACAGAGCGAUCAACGAAAGUACAAACUUUCGAGUUGUAGUGUGGGCAUUUUUCGAAGCCAUGGUAUUAGUAUGUGUGACAGUAGGGCAAAUCUUUUAUUUGAAGAGAUUUUUUGAGGUACGAAGAAUUGUAUAAUUUAGGAUACUUAAUCACUUUGUUAAUCAAUUGUACAUUUUUUCUAUGUAAUUAAAUUAUAUCUCAUAUAGUAAGUCAUUAUAAUAAGUCAUUCUUGCAGUAAACAAAUUGUUCAUUGCAGUAAACAAUUGUUCAUUGCAAUAAACAAUUGUCAAAGUUAAAUUCCUAAAUUCCUAAAUUAUAUAUCACUAGUGUAAUAA